GUCGUUUGUCGCCACCCCACUAGGAGGCGCUAGUGCAGACGAGAAUCCUGCAAAAAUAUCGAACAGCGUUUUAUAGAGGCGAGAUAUUCGGUGAGGAAAAAGAGAAGGUACGUCUAGGUGGCGUCUAAAGCGUCUCCUUCCAAACCUCAUUUUUCGAGAGGAUGAGCUUACUGGACUAUUGCAGUAAUUUCACUGACGUCAGCAGUUCGAUCGAACAAUGCUCCGUUAGAUCUAUGAGACCGAGAAGGACACCCGAGACGCAUGCCCGAACCUCUCAUGAUCACGUGACAUCACCCUACUUAGAUAAUCGCCUCUUCCUAUCCUCCUUUCCUCCUCCAUUCUACGAUCACCUUAGGUUUAGCCAUGCUCGAUAUCGACCUUACGAAAGGGUUCCACCUCUUCCUCAAGCCCCUAUUAGACCGGCUGUAGAAGCUGAAGAAGAUAAACUUUAUCCCGCUCAUUUUCGUAGAGGUUCAAUAAUUGAAUUGGCAGAUGGUAAGUUAAAGAAAAUAGAAGAUCUAAGAGAAGAGGAUUUUAGGAGUUGCGCCAACCUUUCCACUGAAUAUAGCGUUGAUUCAUCUACUCUCUUGAAAAUUGAACGGCCUAGUGCGACGUCUAGCGUCGUUACAUUAAAGUUUGGCGUUGGAAAUAGUCGGAUUGAGGUUAAUGUUGUUGCAGCAAUAGAACAUCCAUUUUUUGUUAUUGGCCAGACUUGGUCUUCUUGUGAACCAGAAGCCACGCAUAGACGUUACGGACUGACAUGCAGGCGUCUAAGCGUUGGAGACGUCUGUAUUUCAUUACGGCAGAGAGAAAAGACGCCUGAAGAAACGGUCGAUGUGGUCGGUGAUAAUCCUGCAUAAAAAAAAAAAAGAUUCUACCUCUUUUUGAUCGGGAGGAUAUUACGCUGACUGGCGAUCUUAUAUCCAUCUCAUUAUAAAGGGUGAUAAUUUAAAUUGAAUAUUUUUGCAUAAUUUCAUUAAUUACAAAAAAAAGAAGAAAGAUUUUCGCCCUUUUUCACCUGUUUAUAUGCUUCUAGUAUUAAAAUAAUUGAAUAAUUGUUUUAUUGUUUUCUAAAACCCGCAUGCAGAAUUCUGAUUUUAUUUCGAAAUGAGAAUUUUGAAAUCAGCAUUUGUACAGUUUGAACAAAAAAAACAACAUUUUUUCAAUAAAAGAAAAAAGAUAAUAAAACAGGGUUUUAACAACAAAAAACAACAACAACAAAAACAACAACACUUUCUUACUUGAACACAGAAAAGUUAAUAAUAAUAAUAAUAAUGAAAGAAAAAUGUUCAAAACUAUGAAUAGUUAAUUAGAAUUCAAACAAUUUUUUUUUUUUUUGUAUUUUUAAAGAAUAAAGUAUUUCAAUCUGCAAAAGAGAGAUAUUAAACAACAACAGUAACAGCAGUAUAAUCGUUAUUAUUAACUAUUGAAAAAAAUGAAUAAAAAAGAAAUUAUAUUUAUAAUAAUACAUUAUAUUGAAAAAGAGAAUAAAAAUUCAAAUGCCAAAAAUUUAAUCUUCUUGAAUAUAUGCACUAAAUACAUAAAAUGUUUGUUUAAUUGCAUUAAAAAAAAAAAAGGAAAAGAAAAUAAUAAUCAAGGCCUAUUCACAGUUUUUUUCUUCUUCUUCUUUUCUCUCUCUUAUUGUUUUUUUAAUUUUAUUUUAUACUUGAACAAAAGUCUAUAUAUUUUAUAUAAAUACAGUAUAUGUGUUUGCAAAAA